AUGAAGCAAUCAUUGUCGCACAAUCUUACUAUGAUGAAUGGUGUUUUCACUGGAGAUAUGGUUGACUUUCAUCAAACAAACGAUAACUCAUCUCGAAUUCUUUCCACAAGUAUGAAACGAGAUCAGUUAGAAUGUUUAACUUCAAACACUUUAUUAAAUUCUGCAACACAGCUAACUCACAACCAUAUUCCACCUUUUCUUUCACUCAGAAUCUAUUCACGUUUGACAACAGUCGAUCGUUUGAAGCUGCUUUACACAACAGAACAUUUGAUGAAACAUGCGAUGAAAUUAAAUAUCCGUUUACAAAUGAGAGAUUUCCCAUCUCUACCACUACCUUGA